GAAAGAAGUAGCAGGAAGGGGAGGAGGUUGUUACGACAGGGUGAGUCCACCGAUUCGUCAUCACAGUUCUGAGCUCAGCUGCCUCAAACUGCUGGUGGAGGCGGCGCUGUGAAGAGCUCAGCCACUGUUCCAGAUAUACUUUCUGUGUGUGGCCUUGGUCAUCAGCUAAAGGAUGAGGUCCACAGCAGUAACCCAAGCCACCGUUCUCGCCUUCCUUAGUUUGGCUGAGGUGGGAGUGGUGUGGAUGUUCCCUGAUAAGAUUCCAGACUGCGCCUGUGUGUGGAUGGCUCCCUGGCAUGUACCCUUCACUGAGGCGGCGUCAGAUCCUCCCUACCAACUCACUAUUUCAAAUUCCAAUGUCAGGUCGGACACAGCAGUCCCUAUGUGCCUGGUGGGGACGAUACCGAUUGAGGGGUUCAUGGUUCAGGUCCAUGAUACCGAGGAUAACCCGAUCGGCUCUUUCAUCACCAACUCUACCAUCACCCAGCCAAUGAACUGCAAAGGCCUGAAUGACACUGCAACUCACGUCAGCAGCAAGAAACAUAUGAUGAUCAACUUUCUCUGGAUGCCACCGUACGGCUAUAGUGGAAAAGUUUUCUUCAAGGCGACUGUACUUCGGACGUACCAUACUUACUGGACGGGCAUCUCCUCUAACAUGUUUACUGUCACCAACUAAUCGUGAUCCAUAAAGCUGCCCAUCAAGAGAUCCAGGUGCACCUUUAUCUUCUACCAAAUUGAUCCACAUCUAAUCCAUCAAGUUGUUCACUUUAACUCUCGUCAUUCUCAGAGUGAUUCCUGUAUUUCUGUAAUUCAGAGUAAUAUGCUUGUAAUUCUUAUAAUUUACCAAGUGAUAUGUGUUAUUUAUGUGAUAUAUACCGGUAUAUACUAUACGUGAUAUAAGAGUAUUUUAACAAGUGUUCCACCUUUUCCUCUGUGAACACAAGGUUCUAUCACAUAAUUUUAAUUGUCGUCGGAUUAGUGUAAGUACUAACUUUGUUACCCGCUGAAGAUCUUAGUUGUUGAGGCGCAAUAAUAACACUGUAACAAAAACAACCUAUGUGAUUAUGAUUCAUUUGGUGAGACAUCUCUACCUCUCUUACACACUCAGUGUUCCGAGAGUGCCUAUAUCAUUUACUUGUUUAGUAAUUUGUAGCUUUGUGUGAUUUUGUUCCUAUUUAAUUCACCAUUUAAUCUAUCAGUACCUUAGUACAGUAGGCACCAUUUAGUCCACCCUAGCCUCUAUAAUUCAUUAGUUGAUCGUCUGCACUGCACCAAAGCACCAAAUCAUCUACACUAACUUGUGAUGUAUUAAAGGAAUCUGUUUAUAAA